AUGGACGAUUGUUUUGCGGGUGCACCACAGGAUUUUCUCAUCUGUGUAACGGUACAUAAAGCAGCUCAAACGGGUGUCCCAAACGGUGAACUCUAUGUAAAAAUCUCAUUGGACAAAAUGAGUAAAAAUACUAAAACCUAUACGAAUUCAGAGAAUCCAUUUUUCAAUGAGUAUUUUGUUUUUGAAUUUCGCUGUACGCUGAGCGAAUUGUUGCGCCUGACUGUUCUCUUCGAGCUGAAGAAGUAUGUGAUAUAUAAGAAGAACGUGCUCGUCGGUGAGUUGCUGAUCGAUUUGCACAGUGUUUGGGCUCAGCCAGGUCACAAUUACUUUAAGCGAUGGGGUCGCCUGGAGCUGCCCAUCGGUGAGCGCCAGUCGGCACAGGAGAGCUCCAGGGAAUCUUGUGGUUAUCUACAAAUCGAUUUGGCCAUUGUUUCCCAGCACAGCGAGGUGAAACCCCGGAAUGACAAGGAAACGGCAACGAUCACCAAAUGGCCAACGGAUCACGAUUUCGAUGAUAUAAACAGCAAUCUGUUGGAGGAUGUGGAUGCGAAUGCAUUGAGUAACAUUCGAUAUUUCAUCAGUUUCUAUCAAGGAUUUUUUGUUAAGAAAAGCAAUUACAUGAUACAAGUCUCGUUCGCUGGCUUUAAAGGCAAAACACUUGUGGCGAAGCAUACAACGACACCGGUGUGGAACCAGGAGAUCAGCUUCGCCUGGGUGUAUCCAUCGCUUGCCCAGCGAUUUCUCAUCCUUGUCAUGCAGGAGAAUGUGCAGUGGAAAUGCAUUGCCGAAUAUGAGUUAUCCUUCGGGGAUAUUGCAUUCAAAGGUAAGCCAGCUUUUGGCCCAACUUAUAUCCAUCUUUACGAUCCCACAAGUCCGUUGACUUAUGUGGGUCGCAUUUUGGUGGAAAUACGCUCAGAGACGCUGGCUGAGGGUCAACCCACUCACGUGCUGAUAACUCAGGCAACGGUGGCACCCGAGAGCUGGUUGGAUGAGUCGUUUAUGGUGGAAUUUUUGCCAAUCAUUGGCGAUUAUAUAACCACCAAUGCGACGCAAUAUAAAAUGGCUGUUCAACUCGCUGAGAGCACAUCGAAUGUGGUCGAUGGUCCCCUAAAGACUCCAACGGGCAACUUUCAUUCGGUGUUGCAGACGAAAUGCUUUCGCCAGGAAACACCUUUCCAUGCCUGUCUGUCCCGUGUCAGUUUGCCCGACAAUCGCAUCAAGUUCGAGGCGGAUUUUCAUAUGAUGGAAAUCGUCAAUUAUAUGCACUCCCAGUUGGCCAACUUGAAGAUCUUUCAGCUCAAGUUGCCCACACAGCACAAGCAGCAAGCCAAGAUCCUCAAGUCCAUUGUAAGUAACAUAUCGAAUAAAAUCGUAGACAGCAUUGCAAUGCAUCGCUUUGACUACGACUUGGGCAUCAGAUGCACCACUUGGGACACAAAUCGGCAGCAAUAUUUGCUGGAAUACUUUACCAAACUGACGGACGAUCUGAGAACAUUACGCAAGAAGAUAAGGUCCAGUUACCCGGAGCACUUGGACACCACCAUCGUGGAUAUUGUGAAUGAACUGCAGAGGAUAAUUGGCAAUAUUAGUUCACUUUCCAAUCUGCUGCAUGCCCAGGACGAUUGGCCGGAGCUGUUGCUCACUCUGAGUGCGGGUGGCAAACCGGUGGGCGUCUGUCGUUUGAAUGCGAAACACUUCCUCAACCUGCCCAAACGGGAGGCGAAUCAGGCUAGCAAUCAUUGCUGGCAGGUGCGAAGUUUCCUCUUCAAGAGCAGCACCUGCGUUCACACCUGUGCCAAUUGUGGCUGCAAUGCUGGCAUUGUCCUCGGCUGCAUAUCGAUUGUGUUGGAACGAGAGCGUCAUGAGUUCUUCUCCCACAUAUCGGAGGAAUGGAUCACACCCGAACCACUCGCCUGGCUGCCAAAAAUGGCGGAGACCAACUUUCGUUGUCAUGUCUAUGUGCAUCAGGCCAAGGUCCGCCCAGGUGCCGACAAUCGUAGCAUCUGCGGUGGACACGUACGUGUCCUGUUUGCUUCUCAUGCUGCUGAGACACACACAACUUCUUCGACUUGCUCGCAAAUGUGGGAUACGAUAAUUACCAUCAAUGGUCUAGCGCUGCCCGGUAGCAUCAAAUGGUAUUUGAAUAACCCACCCUUGAUCUCCCUGGAGCUGCACAAAUCCGAGGCAAGCGAUGCAAUGGGCAGUGGACAAGCUAUUGUGAGUGUGAUAAGUGCUUCGAAUGAGUUGGAAAAUAGUCGAGAAGAACGUGAAACUCGAUUCCUGGGCAAGAGUUCAAUGCAGAAGUUGCAGAAACUGAAGAAUUUGUCGCCGCCACCACUCAAAUGGGUGGCUAUGUCUAAGAAUGGCAUAGUCCAGGCCGAGAUCCUUAUGUCCGUGGAGUUCAAGGAGCUGGCAGACGACACCCCAAAUGGGGAGGCUGAACCCGAACUUACCAUAGGCAUCCCCGUGGAUAUACGACCCAAUAUGCUCAACUAUGUACUCGAGGUAAUCUUUGUUGGCCUCCGGAACUAUACUAAAAGUGGUAUGGUGAUGGCUGGCAAACGACGUGCCAAAGUCAUGAUGGCCGAUUUGGUGCUCUCCAGCGGAUUGUCCAUGUCGCGUGUGAAGAACAGCAUUAACUUUUUGGUGGCCUACGCCUCCGGCGUGGUGAACCUACCCGAUCAGCAGGAAUAUUGGCCGGCCAUCAUAGCCACAGAUGUUGUGGUCAAUGGUUUACGAAAUGAGACAACACUUGGAGCUGCUCUGAUACCAGCCAGUCCGAGUUUCCUGCAAGCGGAUCGGACCCGGAGAUGCGUCUGGAAAUCGGAAGAAAGUUCGGCUGCCACAUCAGCUGUAAUUGUGCAUCCGGAAGAUGAAGAUGCAACAUUGGAGGAACCUGAUGAUGACAGGGAACCAGAGCCGGGCAAACUGAAAAGCUACUGGAAACGCAUUAAGAUAGCCCUGGGCAUAAGAACCGUUGCCUUUGCCAAUAGGCAGGCUCUCAAGUAUGAUGAGCACAUAGACUCCAGUGAUCUGCAGGCGCACAGUCAAUUCACAUGGUGGACGAAGUUUUACAAUACGAUGUAUGUGAACGAUCACAGCAAGGCGCAUCUGUGGAAGCAUCGACUGGUCAUCUAUGCCGGUGAGCUGGAGCAGCAGGCCGAGUUUGGUUACCUACAGGAUUGGGCUGUACCAGUGCCCCUCGUGCAUGGUGUCAAAUUCCGCAAGCAUGGGCCACCCAAGGAGGACAUCUAUGCCACGCUGAAGUUGCAGAUUAAGUUGACUCCCUGCCAUUGUGCGUCACCAGAUUACGGAGGAGGUGGCGAUAUGUUGCGUCCCAUGCCCACUGCCAUGAAUCCGCGCCAGCAAACGAUGAUUAAAUCGUUGACGGACGUUGUUAGGAUUACGGUAAGGAUAUAUAUAGUUCAGGGCCUGCAUAUUCGACCCAGCGAUUGGUCAUCGGACUCGGACUCAUAUGUCCGACUCACAUUGGGUGGCAAAGUGGUCUCGGAUUGGGCUCACUAUGUGCCCAAUCAGAGUAAUCCCAUUUUCGGGCGUUACUUCGAAUUGGAUACCUCGCUGCCCGCCGAUCCUAUUCUCGAGGUGUCCAUUUGUGAUUAUGACAAGAGCAAGGAGCAAGUCAUCGGCACCACACGCAUCGAUCUGGAGGAUAGAUGGCACAGCAAACAUCAUGCCACAGUUGGCAUCCCGCACGAGUACAAUCCCAUGGGCUAUAAUCAGUGGCGGGAUCCCAUGUUGCCCUCCCAGCUGCUGACCAGUUUGUGCCAGCAACGUGGCAUCCAGCCACCAUAUUUCUAUGGCAAUGCCGUCGAGGUGGAUGGCAUGCUCCUUGGCGAUGAGACUGUCAUCUCCAAAUCUGAGGAAUUGAAGGAACGUCUCAGUUUGUCGGCGCUCAGGAAUCUGGACAAGCUGCCCUCCUUUGGCUACAAUCUUGUGCCCGAGCAUGUCGAGACGCGCUCCAUCUAUCGUGACAACAAUCCGGGAGUAUCUCAGGGCCAAAUCCAGAUGUGGAUUGAGCUGUUCGAGAAGAGCACAUUCAUUCCACCACCAAUGGAUAUAACGCCCGUUCCGCCCACCUGCUACGAGGUACGCCUUGUGGUCAAAAAUCUAAAAGGCAUACAGUUCGGCGAUAAAAACAUGUUUGGGAAACUAAUGAGCGACAUCUACGUAAUUGGUUGGUGCCAGGAUGCAGACGAUUACCAAUCGACCGAUAUACAUUACCGUUCAUUUGCUGGCGCUGCCGCAUUUAAUUGGCGCAUGAUAUUCAUCCUGAAAUACUCACCCAACGAGGACAUGAUGGUCAUCAGGCGCAUGGGUGGAUAUCGUGAGGUGAUCGAAAUCAAACGGCCACCCAUUAUCUAUCUGCAGGUCUGGGAUAAGGAUAUGAUCUCGCAUGACGAAUAUCUUGGUGCCAUUGAGCUUAAUCUGUCCAAUUUGCCGAUGCCAUAUGCGACAGAGAGACGCUGCCCGGCAACUCCCAAAAUGCGACAGCGUCUCAAUAUAUUUAAUCGGAAAAGUGUAAUGGGCUGGCUGCCACUGCAAAAUUUUCCACAGAGUGUCGCAGGAUUACCCACCAAGAACGGUGGCAAAAUUGAAUUACAAAUUGAUGUGUGCACGGAGGCAGAGGCAUCUGAAUUCCCUGCUGGCUUAGGUCAUGAUCCACCCAUGGCACUGGACUUGCCCGAUCGCCCAGAGACGUCAUUCAACCCGUUGUCGCAUCCCUUUAAGUCGGCCCACUUCAUCCUUUGGCCCGUCAUCCGUAAAUAUGUUUACAUUGGUUUGCUUUUCAUAUGUGUUGCAAUGGGCCUGACUUUGUUCGUUGCGAAUUUUCCAAACAAAAUAAUGUCCAUUCCACUUGAUUGAUUUGGCUUCCUUUUCACAUUCAUUCAUUUUUAAUGCGUUUUUAAGUGUUAUUAAAUACCA